AUUUGAAAUGUAAAAAAUACUUUGUCGCUAAUAGCCAAAAAUGUUCAAUGUUUGAUAUUUUGGCAUAUGAACCAUUUCUUUUACAUUUCAAAUAUUGUAAGCGAUGUGCUGAUAUUUGGUGAAACGAAAAAUAUUCUUGCUUGGGCCCGUAAUCGGGUCUGAUAUGAGGCCUGAUAAAGUGUGAAUGUAGUUGGCACUUAACCUGACCAAAUUACGUAGCUUGUUUGUGGUGUGAUGUCAGAAAUGUUAAAACAGGGCUAUAAUAUAAUCGCGAAAAUUGAAGUUCGUCAAUUGCGGGCAUUGAUCUCUGUCACUCUAAUUACGUCUUAAUGAGAGUAAAAGAGAAAGAUCCCCGCAGUUUGCGAAUUUUGGUUUUCGCGGCAGGCCCCCAGCUACUUAGCCGGCAAUAAUCUAAAAUCGCACGACAUUUGUGGUAACGUUUGUAGAAGCCUUAGCAUGAUCGGAAAUUUGCAACAGGAAAACUCGUGUGGAAAGGUUUUAAAACCCCGCCCUAACGCUUUGGCGGGAAACAAUUGAAAAAAAAAAAACUUUCUUUCUCUUCUCAUUAAAUUACAUUGGAAUGUGUUAACCUGGUGUUAACGAACGAAGCAUUUUCAUAGCAUUAUUAUAUUGUUUUACUGUUAUCGGGUUAAAAUACUUAAAAUAAACUUUUAACCAUGUCCGCAACUGCAACCCAAGUCGCUACCCGUCAGGAUAUAGCCGAAAAGGAAUGGGUAAAAUUGUUCCCAAAACAAGUUAUCCAAAACUACACAAGUUCGGUGACUUUCAUAAAACAACUGACAGUCGUAGCCAUGAGUACCAUAACAUAUUUGAAAAACGCGUUUCCCGAACACAGCUACAAUAGUGAGUCAUUCGCAGGGCUUAGGUUGAAGUUGUUGAAGGAGAAAUGUGCGGAUGAUAUGGCUCAGUUUUUGACUUCUUCGUUGAAAAACGUGUUUCACGCUUUCGACAGGAAAUAUGUUCACCAGCUAGCCCUCUGCUUCUACGAUGGCAAUUACGACGCCGAGAAACUCAUAGAAUACCACAUCUUCGAGUACUCAUACAAAUCUGAAGGCGUGUGCCUGAACGUCAACUCUAGGAACAGGAACAACAAUAACAAAUCAAUGCAGUGGUCCGUGGAGUCAGUGCAGAACAGAACAAUUAUGCUCGUGAGGGCUCUGUUGACCUUCGUGCAUCAGAACUGCCAGGACGCAUUGCCUCUUCAGUACGACAUUAGCCUUCGAAUAUAUUACAAUGAAGAUACUCCCGAGGACUACCAAGCGCCCGGUUUUUCGCCAUGUACCGGACCGGACCCGAUCUCGGACACGCUGCGCUCGGCCGUGCGCCAUGGCCGCGUGGACACGCCCUACCACACGUUCGUGGUCAAGUCCUAUGUACGCGCGCUGGAGGUGCCCACGGCUUAUGAUAAGGUCAGUGCCACGCUAUCUGAUGGCCGCGUGGACACGCCCUACCACACGUUCGUGGUCAAGUCCUAUGUACGCGCGCUGGAGGUGCCCACGGCUUAUGAUAAGGGCCGCGUGGACACGCCCUACCACACGUUCGUGGCCAAGUCCUAUGUACGCGCGCUGGAGGUGCCCACGGCUUAUGAUAAGGGCCGCGUGGACACGCCCUACCACACGUUCGUGGCCAAGUCCUAUGUACGCGCGCUGGAGGUGCCCACGGCUUAUGAUAAGGGCCGCGUGGACACGCCCUACCACACGUUCGUGGCCAAGUCCUAUGUACGCGCGCUGGAGGUGCCCACGGCUUAUGAUAAGGGCCGCGUGGACACGCCCUACCACACGUUCGUGGCCAAGUCCUAUGUACGCGCGCUGGAGGUGCCCACGGCUUAUGAUAAGCCAUCGGAUGCACAAGAAAUGGCUCAAGAUGACGAUUUUAAUGACGGGUCAAUGAAUUGCGAGGGCAACUCGGAGCCGUCACUGGAGCCGUCGCUUCGCUGCCCCUGUGGAGAUCAGGUCGCUGAAGACGAGGCAGUUAUUAUAUGUCGUUACUGCCACACUCGGCAGCAUGCGGCAUGCUUCGGUCUCAUGGCGCCGAUCACGGAGCACUGCUGCGCGGAUUGCGCCGAAAAAGACCCUUCUAGAAAGGCCACCUGCGAAACUUUAAAGGGCCUGAAGAAAAGCAGGCAAGCGUACCUCUGCGUCUUCCGCCGCACCCUGGCCAUGUGCUCGCGCCAGUCCUCAGUCACCGGCGAAGAGCUGAUGGCCAAGUUCAAUUUCACCGCCGCCAGCGCCGCCAAGAUGAUCCGUCUGUUGCAGGGGCACCACAUUCUGCCCACUGCCGUAGAUCCCAGCAAUUUGAUCGUUGUCCGAAGAAUCAACCGAAUACAACUCAAGGAAAGUUGCAAGGAGUUCUUUCAAAUGGAGGAAAGCAUCGUCGACCGAGUGAUCGCCGAAACUGAGGCAACUGACCCGGUGGAGGAGGCACUUAGCCCUAUAGAGAAAAUCUCGCUCAAGGAAACUAAUAUGGGCACAGUCAUAGACAGGCCAGCGUUACAGACUACGCCAUUGAAAGAAUUUAGUGAAGUACAGCUUCCUUUCAAGGACAUAUCUGAGGAGUUACCGCUGAGUGGUCCUCAUAACCCUGUCAGGAACGUGCCCAGGCCUGAGAAGAGGUUGAAGAGGAAGAAAAUAGAAGAUGAGGAUUGGACUCCGAAGGUGCCGAAGUUACGGUCUGGGGCUAGUAGGAAGAGACGAUAGAUUUUACUAGAUUUCUUUUUUUUUGUGUUGAGUCACACGAGCCGUUAUACGAUGGAUUUUAAUUUUUGACGAGGGUAUGCAAUCUCGCACCAAGUUUGGCGAUUCGAGAUCUCGCACGAAUAAUCUGAAUCGAGAUUGGUGGUCCGAGAUCUCGACCGUUGACGGAUUGAGAUUAAUCUCGUCAAGAUCGCGAUUUGACAAAAAACAUAAAAAAUGUGUUUUUUGAUCUAAAAUCUCUUAGAAUUCCGUAUAAAUUACUUAUUUAGGGUACUACAUGUUAUAUUUUGAAAAUAAAAACAAUAAAUUAAAUCAAAAUUUAACAAAAAAUCAUAUUUUACUUUCAAGAAAAAAAUCAAGAAAAGAAACAAGAAAAAAAUCAAUAGCACUGCCUGAACAACAUGAAUCUAUGGUCAAAAAGAUUAUUCAAAACAAUCAUCAAUUAUUCAGUCUCGUUCCAGAUCUCGAGAAUAUUAAUCGAGAUCUCGACCGAGAUUGCAAAAAUCGAGAUUUCCUGUAAACGAGAUUGAAACUCGAAAAUUCCUGUGCGAUCUCGAAAUUGCGAGAUCGAGAUUGCAUUCCCUAUUUUUGAUUAUCUCAUCUCUUGUGACUCAUGUCUCUCUCGAGAUAUAUAUUUACGUACAUAUAAUGAUACUUUCUUUCUUGAUCUUAUUAUUAUUUGGAGCCUGUCGUGUCCCACUGCUGGGCAAAGGCCUCCCCCCAAUCUCUCCACUGAUCUCUGUCCAGUGCUAUGUCUGGCCACUCCUUCAAGAAGGAGUCCAGGUCAUCCCGCCAUCGCCGGUGAGGUCUGCCGGAUCCCCGAUUCGAGUUUCCGGGCUCCCACUCUGUAGUGACUUUGCCCCACAACUCAUUCGGCAUUCGGCAGACGUGACCUUUAAUUUUGUCAUAUUGUUGGUGGUCGAUUUACCCCUUAUGACCUUUAA